AACGGACUCUUCGAGGCUCUUCCUCACUCUCUCUAUAUCUCCCCCUCUCUCUCUCUCUCUCUCUCUCUCUCUCCACCCCCCUCAAACCCCAACCUAACCCUAACUCCCCCUUCUCUCUCUCUCUAGCGAUGCACUCGGCGAUCUCUCUCUCCGUCGCCGCCCCCUUCCCGGCGGCGGGGGCGAGAUCCGACGCCUUCCCGCUGGCCGGAGGCCUCCGGCCGGCCGGAAUCCGCUUCUGCGGCCUCCGCCGCGAGGCGCUCGGGCUGCGUCGCCUCCGGUCGCCGGCGACCGGCCGGAUCCCGCCGGCGCCCGCGCGGGGGCUCCCGAGGACGGUCGCCGCGGCGGCGGCGGCGGCGGCGGCGGGCGCGGGGAAUGGGAGCCCCGCGUCGGGGUUCGACUACGACCUCGUCAUCAUCGGGGCCGGCGUCGGCGGCCACGGCGCCGCGGUCCAUGCGGUGGAGAAUGGAUUGAAAACUGCCAUUAUUGAAGGCGAUGUUGUUGGAGGAACAUGUGUAAAUAGAGGUUGUGUGCCAUCUAAAGCACUUCUUGCUGUAAGCGGUCGGAUGCGUGAGCUUCAUGACGAACAUCAUCUGAAGUCACUGGGUUUAAAGGUUUCUUCUCCAGGAUAUGAUAGGCAAGGAGUUGCUGACCACGCAAAUAAUCUUGUUUCUAAUAUUCGAAGUAAUUUGACCAAUUCAAUGAAAGCUUUAGGCGUAGACAUUCUAACUGGUGUUGGCACUGUCGUGGGCACACAAAAAGUGAGAUAUGGGAAAGUUGGGCUUCCUGACAAGGAAAUCACCGCUAGAGACAUCAUAAUUGCAACCGGAUCUGUUCCUUUUGUACCUAAUGGCAUUGAAAUUGAUGGGAAAACUGUAUUUACUAGUGAUCAUGCCCUCAAGCUGGAAUGGGUUCCAGAUUGGAUAGCUAUUGUAGGAAGUGGUUAUAUUGGACUUGAAUUUAGUGAUGUCUACACAGCCCUUGGAAGUGAGGUUACUUUUGUUGAAGCUCUUGAUCAGCUCAUGCCUGGCUUUGAUCCUGAGAUUGGAAAGUUGGCCCAGAGGAUUCUUAUUAAUCCUCGGAAAAUUGAUUAUCAUACUGGUGUCUUUGCUAAGAAGAUUACUCCGGCAAAGGAUGGAAAACCAGUCCUUAUUGAACUUAUUGAUGCAAAGACAAAAGAACCUAAAGACACUCUAGAGGUAGAUGCAGCCCUUAUAGCAACUGGAAGGGCACCAUUUACAAAAGGACUUGGCUUAGAAAAUAUAAAUGUAGUCACACAGCGUGGCUUUGUUCCAGUUGAUGAACGGAUGCGAGUUAUGGAUGCGAACGGCAAUCUGGUUCCACAUCUAUAUUGCAUAGGAGAUGCCAAUGGUAAACUUAUGCUUGCGCACGCUGCGAGUGCACAAGGGAUCUCAGUCGUUGAGCAACUUUGCGGGAGGGAUAAUGUUCUAAACCAUCUGAGCGUUCCAGCUGCUUGUUUCACCCAUCCUGAAAUCAGUAUGGUUGGCCUCACUGAGCCCCAAGCAAGGGAGAAGGCUGAGAAGGAAGGAUUUGAGAUAAGUGUUGCUAAGACAAGCUUCAAGGCUAACACAAAAGCUCUAGCAGAAAAUGAAGGAGAGGGAUUUGCCAAGCUCAUAUACAGGCCUGAUACAGGGGAGAUUCUUGGAGUUCACAUUUUGGGUUUGCAUGCUGCUGACCUCAUCCAUGAGGCUUCCAAUGCAAUAGCCUUGGGAACACGUCUACAGGAAUUAAAAGUCGCCGUUCAUGCGCAUCCAACCUUAUCUGAAGUUCUCGAUGAACUCUUCAAAUCUACCAAGGUUAAUGCUGCUGUAUCUCGUUCUAUAAAUGAACCCGUUGCAGCUUAAAGAGCGCGACCAGCGGCUUAUCUAUCUGUUUGGAGCCGUCUCAAAAAUCAUUACCUGCAUCAGAAGCCUUUUGUUUUCCCUCGUCGAGAUCAAUCGUCGGUGAUCUUUUUACGGAGCUGCCGCUCUCGGACCACUCUAUUUGUGAGAGGAUAAAAAAAAAAAAGCUUUAUUCCUUUUUGCCAUGUUCAUCUGAUGCUGCUUGAAACUUUGGAUAGAGAUUGGAAUUUUGGCAGGUAAUUAUUCUCUUCAAUUUGGUUGCUCUCCUAUUUUUGUGAAUCUCAGUAGUGUGUUUUAAUUCUUGUGAACAGUGUGAUUAAGUUAUCUGACAUGGGGGCUACAUUUAUUAUGGGGGAAUAAAUAUAAUGAGAUAAAAGCUUUCCUAAGUUGUUCUGGAAAAAAAAUUAGGUUGA